AUGUUCCUGGUCUAUAAUAUCUCCACAACUCUAGACUCUAGCAGUGUGGCUCUGCUCCAUAAGCACCUCCAGCUGCUGCUGCCCCAUGCUACAGACAUCUUCUCCCGCUCGGCCACCCUGCUGCAGGAGAGCUCCUGGAACGGCAGCAUCAGAGAGAAACUACGAGAUGUGAUCUACGUGUCAGCAGCAGGCAGUAUGCUGUGUCAGAUCGUCAACAGUCUACUACUACUACCAGUGUCUGUAGCCAGACCUCUGCUGAGCUACCUGCUAGACCUGCUGCCUCCUCUAGACUGUCUCAACAGACUGCUGCCUGCUGCCACACCGCUGGAAGACCAGGAGCUGCAGUGGCCUCUACAUGGAGCCCCAGACUUUGUGGACCCUGCUGGGCAGCCCCUGUCCCAGCCGGCCCAGUCCUGGGUGUGGCUGGUGGAUCUGGAGCGUACUGCAGCCCUGCUGGUGGGCCGCUGUCUGGGGGGCAUGCUGCAGGGAGCACCCCCCUCUCUAGAGGAACAGGAUACAGGCUACUGGCUGAAAACCCCCCUGUUCAGCAACGGGCUGGAGAUGGAAGUCCCUCAACUAGAUAACUGCAUCAGCUGGCUGUUAGAGGAGGCCCUCUCAGGUAACGAGGAGCAGAAACCAUUUGACUGUACUCUGAGAGCAGACAUGAGCGUCCUCGUGGAGCUGGCCCUGGGCUCCACUAAGGAACCCACCAACAGUCUCUGGAGCAACAUGCAGGACUACGCCACCAGCAAAGACUGGGACAAUGCCUCUCUCUGUAAUGAGACCUUAUUGGACACAGUGUCCAGGUUUGUCCUGGCUGCCCUACUGAAGCAUACCGGCCUGCUGGGCCAAGCCUGUGGAGAGGGCAGGUACCAGCCUUGUAAGACGCUGGCUGAGGUGUACCGUAGUGUCUACAAGGUCAGGAACCGCCUGCUGGCCUGCAAGAACAUGGACGUCAUCCAGACACGCUCGUCUUCCCGGGAGAGGAGGAUUUCAGACAAUCAGGACUCGCUGGAGAUGGACCCCCAGGAGCACUCGUUCACGAGGACCAUCGACGAGGAGGCGGAGCUAGAAGAGAGGACGGACCGAGAAAGGGAGGAUGUGCAUCAGGAGCAGGAUGAGGAAGAGGAGGAGAGAGAGCACGAAGUCAUGACCGCUGGGAAAAUCUUUCAAUGUUUCCUCUCAGCGCGGGAGGCGGCGAGGAGCCGGGAAAGGGAGAGGGCCAGCAGCAGCGCCGGGGGAGGCCUGACCUCAGGAGGAACCAGAGGAGUUGGGGGAGGGGAGGAGGAGGCCACGACAUCCCAGGAGGAGCAGCACGGGAGAGACGGCUGUACAGGGCCGCCUGAGGGACAGGACCUGUACACGGCCGCCUGUAACUCUGUGGUGCACCGCUGUGCUCUGCUGGUGCUGGGGGUCAGCCCGGUACUGGGGGAACUGGGGAAGCAGCACCAGGACGAGGGACACGGCAGCUUCCAGUCAGCCGGCCAGGGACAGCAGGACGGGACGGGCUUCAUGACCAGGAGUGAGAGUCUGAGUACAGAGAGCUGUUCGGCCCAGUCCAGUCCCAACUACAGGCUGAUGAAGUCCAGGAGCGAAUCAAAUCUUUCCCUGUCUGAUGAGGAGGGAUGCUCUGUGAGUGGCAGGAGAAACGUUGAUGUGGACCUGGCGUUUUCUCAUAAAAAGAGAGGUCUACCCCACAGUUCUCCAGACUCCCUGGCUGACUCAUGGUUCAGGGUGAAACACAGUAGGGACCAGCUGUACGGUUCCCCCCUCUACCAAUCCUAUGAGGAGUCGGACCUGGACCUGAGCCGCUCGCUGGGGGUUCACGCCCUCAUAGAGAACAUCGUCAGCUUCAUCAGUGGAGACGUGGGAAACACACCCGCCUUCAAAGAGCCUGAGGAGAGCAUGUCUACUAGUCCACAAGGAACCAUCCUGGCUAUGGAGCAACAACAGAACAGGGCUGAGCUGCGUCUGGAGGCUCUACACCAGAUCGUGGUGCUGAUCUCUGGGAUGGAGGAGAAGAGUAGCCAGGCUGCAGAAGGUGGGGGGAGCGAACCAGGAGGUCGACCCAGCCCCAGCGCUGCCUUCCAGUCCUCCUCUCUCCUGACCUCCGUCAGGUUACAGUUCCUGGCUGGAUGUUUCGGUCUAGGGACUGUGGGCACCGGGGGACUGAAGGGAGAGAAUGUCCAACUACACCAUUACCAGGACGGUGUUAAAGCAGCCAAGCGGAGCCUGCAGACGGACAUCCAGACAGCCGUCCAUAAGAUCUACCAGCAGCUGUCUGUCACUCUGGAGAGAGCCCUGCAGGCCAACAAACAUCACAUAGAGGCCCAGCAGCGCCUCCUGCUGGUGACAGUGUUUGCCCUGAGCGUGCGUUACCAGUCUGUGGACGUGUCCCUGGCCAUAUCCAGUGGCCUCCUCAACGUGCUGUCACAACUGUGUGGUACAGAAACCCUGCUGGGACAACCACUCCAGCUGCUACAGAAACCAGGCGUGUCCCAGCUCAGCACUGCCCUGAAGGUAGCCUCCACACGACUACUGCAGAUACUGGCCAUCAGCACCGGGACGUAUGCAGACAAGCUAGGACCCAAGGUGGUCCAGUCCCUGUUGGACUUGCUGUGUAGCCAGCUGAAGAACCUUCUCUCUCAGGCAGGAGUCAGCCUGCUCACUGCCUCCACAGGGAAGAACCAGGACAAGAAGACAGAGGAUGGAGCCGACACAGACAAGACAGACUUCAGAGCGUUGGUGCGUAAGCAGCACACAGCAGAGCUUCACCUGGGCGACUUCCUGGUGUUCCUGAGACGAGUCGUCUCCUCCAAGGCCAUCCAAUCCAAGAUGUCUUCUCCAAAGUGGACAGAGGUGCUGCUCAACAUCGCUGCACAGAAAUGCUGCUCAGGAGUCCCCCUGGUGGGCAACCUGAGAACUCGUCUCCUGGCCCUUCAUGUUCUAGAGGCUGUGCUGCCUGCCUGUGAGGCCAGUGUAGAGAACGACCAGAUGACACAGGUGGUGGAGCGUCUCUUCUCCCUGCUGGCUGACUGUAUGUGGGAAGCUCCCAUCGCCCAGGCCAAGCACACCAUCCAGAUGAAAGAGAAAGAGCAGGAGCUUAAACUACAGGGUGAGGAGGAGGAUGAGAACCUUCCUAUCCAGGAGGUGUCGUUUGACCCGGAGAAGACUCAGUGUUGUAUGGUGGAGAAUGGCCAGGGUCUGACCCACGGCAGCGGGGGGAAGGGAUAUGGACUGGCCUCUACCGGCAUCUCCUCUGGGUGCUACCAGUGGAAGUUCUACAUUGUGAAGGAGAAUCGUGGGAAUGAGGGGACGUGCGUCGGGGUGUCCCGUUGGCCUGUCCACGACUUCAACCACCGCACCACGUCAGACAUGUGGCUGUACCGGGCCUACAGCGGGAACCUGUACCACAACGGAGAGCAGACCCUCACCCUCUCCUCCUUCACCCAGGGAGACUACAUCACCUGUGUGUUGGACAUGGAGGCACGCACCGUCUCCUUCGGGAAGAACGGAGAGGAGCCCAAGUUAGCCUUCGAGGACGUGGACGCCACAGAGCUCUACCCCUGUGUCAUGUUCUACAGCAGUAACCCUGGAGAGAAGGUCAAGAUCUGUGAUAUGCAGAUGCGGGGUACCCCUCGUGACCUCCUGCCUGGUGAUCCUAUCUGCAGCCCCGUGGCCACAGUGCUGGUUGAGGCCACCACACAGCUCAUCAGGAUCCUGCACCGCACGGACCACUGGACACACUGCAUCAACAAGAUCAUGAUGGAGAGGCUACACAAAAUCAAACCCUGCUUCAGAGACUCAGCCAACGGUACUGGAGGAGGAGGUCAGAGGUUAAAGAAGAGUCGUUCGGUGCAGAGCAGAGAGGAGCAUGAUGCCCAGAGGGACCAGAGGGACUCAUCCAGGGACCCCCAGAGAGGGGAGGAGGAGAGGGGCCGGCCGGGACACGGGGGCCGCCAGGGGCAUGGAGGUCUGGGGGAUCUCUCUGACCACCACCUCAGGACCCUCUGUACAGAG